UCAAGACAUACUCCCUUUAUCCCUUCAAGACGUAUUUUCCCUUUGCCUUUUGUUAUUUGAGGAAAAUAAAACAUUCUACAGGUGGAGCUUGUGAACAACACCUUCUUUAAAACCCAGAGCCUCCAUCCUUACCUGACCAUUUCAGCGCCAGCAUCCUGCCAAGAAAAGACGCAAUUAGCCAAAAUGAUACCUGGAGGCUUAACUGAAGCCAAACCUGCCACUCCCGAAAUCCAGGAGAUUGCUAACACGGUUAAACCACAGCUUGAAGAAAAAACAAAUGAGACUUAUGAAGAAUUUGAAGCUGUGGAAUAUAAAACUCAAGUGGUUUCUGGAAUGAAUUACUACAUUAAGGGCUUCCCUGGCGGCGCAGUGGUUAAGAAUCCACCUGCCAGUGCAGGGGAAAUGGGUUCGAGCCCCGGUCCAGGAAGAUCCCACAUGCUGUGGAGCAGCUAAGCCAGUGCUCCACAACUACUGAGCCUGUGCGCCACAGCUACUGAGGCUGUGUUCUAGAGCCCACGAGCCACAACUACUGAAGCCCGCGUGCCAAGAGCCCGAGCUCCGCAACAAGAGAAGCCACCACAAUGAGAAGCCCACGCACCGCAACGAAGAGUAGACCCCGCUCACUGGAACUAGAGAAAGCCCGGGUGCAGAAAUGAAGACCCAAAGC